CUUUGGCACUCGAAAGUCUUCAAAAUUGGGUAAUGGCCUAUCAGAAGAAGCUCUCAGGCGUUCUAUUACCGUCCCUCCUCAAAUUGUCUUCACGAAAAAUAACAUAUUAUCAUCAAAUUCCAAGAGACGAUUUCUCGCUUGCGCAUUUCGCCUAACAGCUGAUGCGCUUUAGCGAGCUCAGUGUCUUUGACGCAUCCACCGAUCAUGGAGUUCCACGUAAAAGUGUUACGGUGCUGCAUUUCGUAAAAAGUUCCCCUCGUUUCGUUGAGUCGAGCAGUUCGAAUUCAAUGGGAGAUUGUCUACAUCCAUGGACGGAAAUCUUGAAUUUUCGGAUUCCGAAGAAGUGACGAGAUCUUAUUAAUUUUUACACGUCCAUUCGUGUGAACGCAUAUAAAGAACGUUGAGAGCUGAGACAUCUUAUUUUCAUGGUUGAUUCACCACCGUGCCGACCCACCAGGGAUGAACGAGUCACGACUGUCCACUGGAGUUUAGUGGACUCGGAGGAGUUAGGAUUAGAGUACGUCCUAUCAUAUCUCCUGUUUCUACGAUUACUUUUACUUCUUCGUUGCUCAUUCUACUGUCUACACGUACAAAACGUCAUUGUAGCCCACGGCAACGCGCGAGUAGGAACGGUGGGUCCACCCAGAACUCGGUCAUAAUCUCGAGAGUCGAAACUCGAAACUCGAAACUCGAAAGAGAAAUGAAUAGUGAAAAUGUCGCUUAGGUCGGUUGUUUUAAAAUAGGGAGGGAAAUACCGGAGAAGGAGGGAGACUUGAGAGUAGAAAGGGAGAAUUGUGCUGGAAUGUGGAGGGGCCAUGGCGAACCUCUCCAGCCUCAUUCACGAGCUACGCGAGCGCAUCGCUGCUUCUUCCUCAUCACCUCCAAACAACAAUGGCGAGGAUGAUCCCUUGGAGAGCAGGUUCCGUGCAGUACUUCCAAAUCUCCUCCAAGCCUACGUCAUCCCUUCUUCCUCAGCCAAGGAGAGAGAGGUUAUUGCAGUCCUGAAGCUCCUCUCUCAAACCGCGAAGAAUUUCCCUGGAGUCUUUUUCUAUGGCAAAGCCACUGCUGUCCUCCCAGUCGUUGGUCGUAUCUUGCCCUUCUUUGCUGAACCUGCAUUUCGCUCCCGCCAUGGAGUGAUUUUCGAGACAGUUGGUUCUCUUUUAUCCUUACUCCGUACUGGAGAACGAGAAGCAUAUCGCCAGUUUUUCUUAGAUGGGAUGUCAGUGGUUGAAGAUCUUUUAUAUGUAGCAUCAGUGUGUGUUGACAAAUCGAGUAUCGCUGCUUCCACUAGAGUGUCUUUGAGGUGUUUCUGUGAGUCCCUUGCUAGAAUUGCUAAAAAUCCAGCUCUUUUUGGUGAUCUUCCAACCUGUUGCAGACCUACAGAUGGCCCUGGAAUCUUAAUUGAUGUCACAGAUAAACCAAGGUGGAAGCUUUUUGCCACAUGGGCCAUUAAGAUUCUUAGCAAAUGCCUGACUGAUGGAACUCUAUAUGUGGAAGGACUCAUCAAUUCAUCAUUUGUUUCUGCUGCAUGUGCCCUUUUAUGUUAUGGAGAUGCUGAUUUACAUAUGGCUUGUUUUGAUUUUGCCCGAAUUGCAACAGCAGUGAUGGAUGUUGAGUUUGUUCCCUGUGAGAAAUUUAUUCGGUCAAUCUCCACUAUAUUAGGUGAAAAUGAGAAGGAGCUUUCAGAAUUCAGUUGCAGAAGCACAGUUUAUGAUUCCUCCAUGGGAGCAUGCCUUCAUGAACUAUACUCUAUUUGUUCGGAUGAUGUUGUUGAAUGUACAGCUGGAGAUAUAAUCAAUAUUUUUCCUCAAUCAUUGCAAAGCACUGAAAGUCCAGAACUUAAGGUAGCCAUGUGCAGUGCAUACAUUCGGAUUGCUAAAACUUGCCCCAUUCAUGUAUGGAGGCCAGAAUCUCUUCUCAACAUGCUUUGCUACUCAAAUCCUUGUUUGCCAUUGAUAGAUUGCAUUUGUAUAGUGGUAGAUCUACUUGGGCCUGAUCUUCUUGGAGAGGGAGCAACCAGUGAUUGCAAUAUAUCAGUUUCAAGUGGCAAAGCAAAUAAAAGCUUGAAAACUGGAGAGAAGAGGCCUGGUCAGAACUUGGCCUCUAUGAAGAUUAAGCGCCAAAAAGUGGAUAAUGAUAUAUUGGUUUCCAAUCCUAAUGCCCAAAUGGGGUCGGCGCUUACUUGUAGAUAUACAUGUGAAAGAGACAGAGAUUAUGCAGAUUAUAUGCGGAGAUUACUUUUUCUGUUUGUUGGCCUUCUAAAACCUCUUGAGGAUAAAGCUGAUUUGUUGAGACCAGAGGUUACCUUAAGGGCCCUUAGCAUACUUUGCAUUGUGUUUUGUAACUAUCCGCAAACCAAUUUGUCACUAUGCAUUUUUCAGCAGAUGCACUUGUGGAUGCCUUGGAUAUGUGAGCAGGCAAAGGAAAAAAGUUCGAUCACAUUUGACUUAUCCAUAUAUUUGGAAGCAGUUCACAGCAUACUACUUUUGCAAAGUUCCCUUCCUAUGGAGAACAGAAUUUUCAGAAAUAAAGGUGAUGAUGCAGAUCAUAUAAUUUCAGUGCUAAAGCUUCCAUGGACACAUUCUCUUGCCAUUCCUCAAGCUCAUCCUCUUUGGAAGGCAAAAUGUAUCUCUAUUCAAAUUUUCUCCAAGAUUGGCAUUAGAUUAAAUACUGAAAAUGACCUUGAGAUUUUUGAUUUGGCUCUUCAUGAUGGAGCUGAGGAAGUUAGAGUUGAAGCUGUUUUGUCUAUUCCAAUGAUUGUCUUAUGGUCUGGUUUUGACCUGCUAGUACAUAUUUUUGAAAAGCUAGAGAUCCUAGUGAAAGAAAAGCAUGACCAAGUGAACAGAAUUGUCCCAUUUUCUAUUGGGUUUUUGGCUUGUCUCUUUGGAUCUUCUGAUGCUAUUGAUGAUCAAAAUGGAGGAAUGUGUAAAUUGUUCUUAAGUGAUGACAAUGUGAGACAUUAUAAGACAGUUAAUCACCUAUUGCAAGGAUUCUGGUGUCCAAUGUGUGAUAAAAGAAUUGUACAGGAUCAUAAACAAUGUCCUAAAGUCAUUAAGUUGUCCAACAUUCAAAGCUUGGAAAAUGGUCUGGACUGUGAUUUUGGUAACUUGCAGUCUCUAUUUUUUGAACUUCUUCUAAAUGAGUCAUCAGAAGAGGUUCAAGUUGCAUGUGUGGGAGUCAUCCAAAGGAUACUGAUGCAUGGGACCAAAGAUAUCCUGCUUAAAACAAGGUCUCAAUGGAUUCAAUGCAUUGAAUUUCUACUCCUCAACAGGAAGAAGGCUGUAAGAGAAGCAUUUUGCUCACAGAUUAGUUGGUUCAUUGAAGGCCCCAUUUUGAAUUGUUUGUUUGAGGAUGGAGAGGCAUCAAAUAAAACAAAAGAACAGAAAUUUCUGGACCAAAUAAAGCAUGCUUUGGCAGUGGCAGAAGAUCCCCAGAUCUUUGAAACUCUUUUGGAAUCAACAGCUGAGAUUAUGAAUGCAGUUGAUAUCCAUGCACAACUUUUCUUUUUCUCACUUAUUCUUUUGGUUGAUCAACUUGAUAAUCCACAUAUUACAGUGCGGAUAAUUGCAUCAAGGUUAAUACAUCGAUCUUGCUAUUUCCAUCUAAAAGGAGGAUUUGAGCUUCUUCUUUCUAGGGUUUUCCAUAUUCGCAAUGAACUGUUUGAUUAUCUAUGCAUGAGGCUGGUGAACCGUCCUGCAAUGGUAAGAGAGUUUGCAGAAGCUGUUCUUAGUGUUAAAAUUGAGGAACUGGCCAAGAAAAUGGUUCCUGUUGUUCUUCCAAAGCUUGUUGUCACUCAGCAGGAUAAUGAUCAAGCACUUGUCGUACUGCAUGAGCUGGCCAUGCAUUUGGACAUGGAUUUGGUGCCAUUGGUAGUCAAUUGGUUACCUAAAGUACUUGCCUUCGCUCUUCUUCAAGCUGAUGGGCGAGAAUUAUCCUCUGCUUUACAGUUUUACCAAGCACAAACUGGCUCUAACAACCAAGAAAUAUUUGCAGCAGCAUUACCAGCUCUUCUAGAUGAACUUGUCUGCUUUCUGGGUGAUGGUGAUUCAGAUGAGACCAACAGAAGGUUAGUGAGAGUUCCUCAGAUGAUACAACAAGUUGCAAGAGUCCUGACAGGUUCUGAUGAUCUUCCAGGUUUUUUGAGGAAUCAUUUUGUUGGUCUUCUUAACAGCAUUGAUAGAAAAAUGCUUCAUACAGAAGACCUAUUUCUCCAGAAACAAGCCUUGAAACGCAUAGAAAUGCUGAUUGAAAUGAUGGGUUCUCAACUUAGCACUUAUGUGCCUAAAAUUAUGGUUCUUCUCAUGCAUGCCGUUCAGAAAGAAGCACUUCAAAGCAAGGGUCUCUCUGUCUUGCAUUAUUUCAUCAAACAGUUGGCAAAGGUAUCCCCAUCCAGCACUAAGCAUGUUGUCUCUCAAGUCUUCGCUGCUCUCAUCCCCUUCCUGGAACGAAAUAAAGACAACCCUUCUUUGCAUUUGAAUAAAGUUGUUGAAAUCUUGGAAGAACUCGUGGUUGAGAACAGGGUUCUCCUAAAGCAGCAUAUCCGUGAGCUUCCUAUGUUACCAAGCGUCCCUGUUCUAACUGAAGUAAAUAAAGUGAUACAAGAAGCAAGGGGAUCAAUGACUUUGAAGGAUCAAUUGCAGGAUAUGGUUGAUGGUUUGAAUCAUGAGAGCUUGAAUGUAAGGUACAUGGUGGCCUGUGAGUUGUGUAAGCUGUUGAAAUUAAGAUGGCCGGAUGUUGCAGCAGUGAUUGCUGCAGAAACUAGCUCUGAUCUGGAUGUCUUAAGCUCUUUGGUUUCAACCUUGCUUAGAGGAUGUGCAGAAGAAUCAAGAACUGCAGUGGGACAGAGGUUGAAAUUGGUGUGUGCAGAUUGCCUUGGAGCACUUGGUGCAGUGGAUCCUGCCAAGGUGAAGGGGAUUUCGUGCCAGCGCUUCAAAAUUGAAUGCUCAGAUGAUGAUCUUAUCUUUGAAUUAAUCCACAAGCAUCUGGCUAGGGCUUUUAGAGCCGCAUCUGAUACCAUUGUCCAAGACUCGGCUGCAUUGGCCAUACAGGAAUUGCUGAAGAUUGCAGGUUGUGAGGCAUCAAUGGAUGAGAAUGUUUCAGCUUCUACCUCACAGGCACCAAAGGGAAAGGAAAAUCUGAUAAUUGCCUCGUCUGGGAGUAGGAAAAUAGAUAAUUGCAGUGAGAUGAACAAGAGGGGCCAAAGAUUAUGGGGCCGUUUCUCUAAUUAUAUUAAGGAGAUAAUUGCCCCGUGUCUUACCUCAAGAUUCCAACUUCCCAAGGUUGCUGACUCCACAUCUGUAGGCCCCAUAUACCGACCUUCUAUGUCAUUCAGAAGAUGGAUAUUCUUUUGGAUCAGGAAGUUGACUGUGCAUGCAACAGGAUCUCGUGUAAGUAUUUUUAAUGCAUGUCGGGGUAUUGUACGCCAUGAUAUGCAAACAGCAAUGUAUUUGUUACCUUAUUUAGUCCUUAACGCUGUUUGCCAUGGCACUGAGGAAGCACGCCAUGGCAUAACAGAGGAGAUACUAUCUGUCCUCAAUGCUGCAGCUUCAGAGAAUAGCGAAGCUGCAGUCCAUGGAAUCACUGGUGGACAGAAUGAAGUUUGCAUGCAGGCUGUGUUCACUCUUCUUGAUAAUCUUGGACAAUGGAUGGAUGAUGUUAAACAAGAAAUGACUCUUUCCCAUUCUCUUCCUUAUUCAGUUUCUAAACCACCCUCCAAGGCAAAAGUUCAAAUUGCAGAUCCUUCAAUGGUUCCAGAUCAACUCCUGGUGCAAUGUAAUAAUGUGUUGGAGCUGUUGGCUGCUAUUCCAAAGAUUACCCUUUCCAGGGCUUCCUUUAGGUGUCAGGCUUAUGCUAGAUCUUUGCUAUACUUUGAAUCUCACGUUCAGGUGAAGUCAGGGUCCUUCAAUCCAGCAGCUGAGAGGAGUGGGGUAUUUGAAGAUGAUGAUGUUUCAUUUCUAAUGGAGAUAUAUAGUAACUUGGAUGAGCCUGAUGGCCUGUCUGGCUUGGCACAUCUAAGGAAAUCAGCCAACUUACACGAUCAGCUCCUAAUCAACAAGAAAGCAGGCAACUGGGCAGAAGUGUUAACUUCCUGUGAACAGGCUUUACAGAUGGAACCUACUUCAAUUCAGAGGCAUUCAGAUGUGCUCAAUUGUUUACUAAACAUGUGCCACCUUCAAGCUAUGGUUACUCAUGUAGAUGGAUUAAUUUCUAGGAUUCCUCAGUACAAGAAGACUUGGUGUAUGCAAGGUGUCCAGGCAGCUUGGAGACUUGGUAGGUGGAACCUAAUGGAUGAAUACCUUUCUGGAGCAGAGGAAGAAGGUCUACUUUGUAGCAGUGCUGAGAGUAAUGCUUCCUUUGAUAUGGAUGUGGCCAAGGUUCUCCAGGCAAUGAUGAAGAGAGACCAGUUCUGUGUUGCUGAGAAAAUUGCCCAGUCUAAACAAGCUCUGCUUGCACAUCUAGCUGCUGCUGGCAUGGACUCCUAUGAGAGGGCUUAUCCUUUUGUUGUAAGACUUCACAUGCUACAUGAACUGGAAGACUUCCAUAAUCUCCUUGUUGAUGAUUCUUUCUUAGAGAGAUCAUUCCAUCUUGACGACCCAGGAUUCUCAAGAAUAAUAAAAGAAUGGGAUAAUCGGCUUAGACUUACACAACCUUCGCUUUGGACAAGGGAGACACUAUUGGCCUUCAGGAGGUUGGUAUUCAAUGCAAGUGGUCUUGAUCCACAUGCUGGGAAUUGCUGGCUUCAAUAUGCAAAGCUUUGUCGUUCUGCUGGUCAUUAUGAGACAGCCAACCGAGCAAUUUUGGAAGCCCAUACUUUAGGCACACCAAAUGUUCACAUGGAGAAGGCUAAGCUCCUUUGGAGCACAAGACGAUCUGAUGGUGCCAUCGCAGAACUGCAACAGUCUCUCCUCAAUAUGCCUGUAGAUAUUGUGGGUUCUGCAGCAAUCUCAUCAAUUACUAGCCUCUCUCUGGUCCCUCUCAACCCACCGUCACUUUGUUUAACUCAAGUUUCAAAUAAGAACCAAGAUGUUGCCAAGACCCUCCUCCUAUAUUCCAGAUGGAUCCAUUACACUGGACAGAAGCAGAAGGAAGAUGUGAUAAAUCUUUAUUCCAAGGUGAAGGAACUGCAACCCACAUGGGAAAAAGUAUACUUCUAUAUGGCAAAAUAUUUUGAUGAUGUGCUUGCUGAUGCCAGAAAGCGGCAGGAAGAGAAUCUUGAACCAGGAACUAGAAUCACACCAUCAUCUUCUUUUGGUGCUAAUAUAAAUACAAAUACUGAGAGACCUUGGUGGUCUUACCUCCCUGAUGUCAUGUUAAAUUAUGCAAAAGGACUUCAUAGGGGCCACAAGAAUCUUUUUCAAGCUCUUCCAAGGUUGUUAACAUUAUGGUUUGAUUUUGGGAGCAAAUAUCCUAGAGUUGAUUCGUCAUCCAAUAAAGAUUUGAGAAAUGUCCAUGGAAAGGUCAUGAGCAUCAUGAGAGGCUGCCUUAAGGAUUUGCCAACAUAUCAAUGGCUAACAGUCCUUUCACAGUUGGUCUCUAGAAUUUGCCACCAAAAUGAUGAAAUUGUCCGGUUAGUGAAACACAUUAUCACUUCUGUUCUCCGUGAAUACCCACAGCAAGCUCUUUGGAUGAUGGCAGCAGUUUCGAAGUCUACAGUUUCUGCAAGACGUGAGGCAGCAGCUGAGAUCAUACAAGCUGCACACAAAGGGUCCCGUCAAGAAAAUAGUAGUUUGUUUGUUCAAUUCUGUAGCUUGAUUGAUCAUCUAAUCAAGCUGUGCUUCCAUGGGGGACAGCAAAAGGCAAGGGCUCUCAACAUCUCAACUGAAUUCAGUGCUUUGAAACGGAUGAUGCCACUUGGAAUCAUAAUGCCUACACAACAAGCACUUACUGUCGCCCUGCAAACAUAUGAUACAAAUCUGGCUGAACCACUUAAGAUUGACAUAUUUUCAGCCACUGAUCUUCCUACCAUAUCUGGAAUAGCUGAUGAGGCGGAGAUCUUGUCUUCUCUUCAGCGACCUAAAAAAGUGGUUUUUCUUGGUAGUGAUGGUGUUGAACGUCCAUUCCUCUGCAAACCAAAGGAUGACCUUCGGAAAGAUGCACGUAUGAUGGAAUUCACUGCAAUGAUCAACCAUCUAUUAUCUAAAUACCCUGAAAGCCGUCGGAGGAAGCUCUACAUACGCACCUUUGCAGUGAUUCCACUAACAGAGGACUGUGGCAUGGUAGAGUGGGUUCCCCACACCCGUGGGCUUAGACAUAUACUUCAGGACAUCUAUAUAGCUUGUGGAAAAUUUGAUAGACAGAAGACAAAUCCUCUGAUUAAGCGAAUAUAUGACCAGUGUCAGGGGAAAAUCCCUGAAGAUGAAAUGCUGAAGACCAAGAUUCUUCCCAUGUUCCCUCCAGUCUUUCAUAGAUGGUUCUUAACCACAUUUUCUGAGCCGGCUGCUUGGUUCAGGGCUCGGGUUGCUUAUGCACACACGUCUGCUGUUUGGUCAAUGGUUGGACAUAUAGUGGGACUUGGUGACAGGCAUGGUGAGAAUAUCCUAUUUGAUUCCACAAGUGGUGAUUGUGUUCAUGUUGAUUUCAGUUGCUUAUUUGAUAAGGGCCUGCAAUUGGAGAAACCUGAGCUGGUACCAUUCAGGCUAACGCAGAAUAUGAUUGACGGAUUAGGUAUUACGGGAUACAAAGGGAUUUUCUUGCGGGUUUGUGAAAUCACACUUUCAGUACUAAGGACACACCGGGAGACUUUGAUGAGUAUCCUGGAAACUUUCAUCCAUGAUCCUCUUGUAGAAUGGACAAAGUCUCACAAGUCCAGCAGAGUAGAAGUCCAGAAUCCCCAUGCUCAGAGGGCCAUCAGCAACAUUGAAGCACGGCUGCAGGGUGUUGUGGUUGGUGUUGGAGCAGCACCAUCUUUGCCUCUAGCUGUAGAAGGCCAGGCUCAGCGCUUGAUUGCUGAAGCAGUAUCACACAAAAACCUUGGGAAGAUGUAUAUAUGGUGGAUGCCCUGGUUUUAGGUCUUCAUAUACUAAGAUAUCCUGAAUGUAUCAUCAGUGAUUGGUAUGUCGCAUCAUUCCAUUGCCUUGGCAUUUUCAUGGCUGUGGUUGUGUUAGAAGAGCUUAUGGUAGUCCAUUUAUGGAGGUGGCAUUUUGGAUUAACCAUAGGAUAGGUCUUCUCUUCUAAUAUGAUGAACCAAAGCGUAUAUAAUUUAAAUAUUGGUUGUUAGAAGCAACCUAACUAACUGAUAAUCCAAAAAAAAAGAAGCAACCUAACCAACUAAUAAUUCCAAAAAAGAAGGUUAUCUUGUAUGAUAGAAGUCGAGGUGGAGUUUGCUGCCUACUUUAAUACUAGUGUUGUGGAUAGUUAUUAUGAUCUAAAGCCAGUGAGCAUUCAAAUGUACAUAGAUAUUGCUUUUGUGUUAUUGAAACUUGACAUGAUCAAUUUAUCUAAUCAGAAAUUUAGUUUCC